AUGGCGAGUGUUGCUGCAGAGGUGCUGAAGAGGGAGGAGGAUCUGCUUCUGGGAUCCUCCAUCUUUGACUCCCGGAUGGGUCAGCCCCCUCUCCCUGUGGACGGUGCUGUAUGCUUGGUUGGGAUUUGGAUUUCUUUCUGUGGAUGGUAUCGUUGAUCUGCCGAAUUUGGAGUUGUUUUUUUCUUUUUUGAGUGUAUCCUGUGCUCGUCUGAUGCUUGCUCCCGCUGUCACGGUUCGCACCGAGGUAAUCUUCUUAUUGCUUGUGCGCUGGGGUUGGGCUUUGAAAGGGUCGGGAUUCUGUCCUUAUCACUCUAAUGACCCCCCAUUCUAACCCUCCCUGAUUUUCACCUGGAAUUCGUUUUUAUUCUCUUGAUUAGGCCUUCGUUCUUGACAGUACUCUGUUUUUCGUUUUUUUUAAUAAUAUUUUAUGUUAAUCUGUUUUGUUACCGUAGGUGGGGAGAAAAUCAAGACGCGCGGACAGCUGAUUGAGAAGAAGAUCGAUCUCCUCGAAAGCUUGGCUGGCAAGGUACUGUGCGUUAAUCUGAUCAAGUUUCUACGCUUUGGACCUUUGGAGUCGUACGUCGUCCACUCUAUAACUUUCUCUGAUUACAACCGAGUCAGUCGUCUGUUUCACUCUGUCUUACGUGACUCUGUACUACCAAUCUUCAAACAUGAAAUAUCAAUAUUCUUUAAAAAUUAGCUAUUCUAUUGUAUAUCUGUGUUUGCAUUGAAAUUAACUUUGGUAAUUCACUAAACGUAGGAAUCUGGUAAUCUAUAGCCUUUGUGAGCUUUCCUUAAUUCAGUUAAUUUUUAACCCUGCAUAUGUUUUAGUUGUGAAUUCUCUGUAACCAUAUUUACCAUCACCGAUAUUGUAAAUGGUGCUCAGUUUUUUUUUUUUUGGUCUUCUUCGUUGUAGUUCUUUGCCGAUUUGCUUUACAGUUCUUAAUCAAUAGUUAUGCUUUAUCUGGAAGAACUUAUAAAUUAAUUCAAAUUUUAUUUCAUUGAAGGACAUUUUCUUAAUCAAACUUUCGCCCCUUCCAACUGAAAGGGCUCUUCUGACAUUUCAAAUUGCAUCACCCCGAAGCGAUUUUACUUGUAAUUUUGCGUGCAACUGUUUUGUAAGAAAGGAGUAGAUAUUGCCAUGGGACACAUAACUUCUCUAUGCUUUAACCGUUUCAUUUCCUUUGCUCAGUGCAAAGCACAACACUGCUGGCAUCUGGUUUUUCACAUCUUUGAUGGCCAAGCUUGCUCUGACUCCUAGUGUAACAGGUGACAGCUGGACAGUUAUCUCUUGAACAUGAAGUUAGAUACGGUAAUCAUGGGUGAUUCUGUGUGGAGAUAGCCAUGACUAUAGCGACUACUUCUGAUUCCUGCCUCUAACCUAUGCUUCACCGAAUUCUUUGGUCAUGUUCCAGUCCCUUGAAACGAGGGCACAAUGUGUGAUCAAGUGAUUCGCUGUCUUUCAAGAAUACAUUGUUCAGAAAUUGUCUCUUUUUAGGUGAAUCGAGUCAAUAUUAUAAAAUCAAAUCGGCACAACACUUAAUUAUAAGAACAGUAAUAGAAAUGUUAAGAAGUUUCUUUUUAUCAUCUAUUAAGUUGAUAAAAAAUUAUGAGAAUGAAAUCAAGAUAUCGAUAGAACCUUGUCACUAUUGCAAUCUGUAUGUACUUUUCAUUCUCUAUAUCUUUAAAUGGAUCAUACUGUAUUUUUCAACAUAAAGAAAGGUAAACACGUGGGUGUUUGAACCGGAAACCACAGAGUAUUGCUCCCGUUUUCUGCCUUCUUCUUAAAAUCAUUAUUUAAUACAUAGAAUAACUAAUAUCGUGCAAAGAUAGAGUAUAAAUCUUUAUUUUAAGCAUUAGUUGGGCGCAUAAAACCGUCCUUCUAGGAUUCUUUUAUGUUGCUAGGCCUGAAAUGUUUAUCUUUGUUUGUAUUCGAUUGGAUGAAUUAUCCAGCGUCAUAUUCCCUUGACGUAGUAUGUUGAUAAUUUUUCGUGUUAACAGGUUAGUAAUCAGAGAUCACGCAGAUGGUUAAAUGAUCGUUUAUUGAUUGAGCUUGUUCCACGUUUGAAUGCAGAAGAAAUUAGAGGCCUUUUUGCUCCACCACCAUGGGGUAAAAAUUUAUUAUAUAGAAUAAUUUAUGGUUUUAUUGGUUGUGCUUGUUAUCGUAUUGUUCACUGCUAGCCCAAAAGCCUGCAUAAUUUUCUUUUACAAUCAGUCUGCGGACAUUCGAUUUCUUAAGCAAGUGCCGAAGUUUUCUUGAAGGUUAUAGUUUAACUUUCUAGUUCAGAACUGAUUAUCACCAAGGUAGCCUGAAGAUCAAGUCCUGGGGUAAAGGUAGCAGAAAAGCUGAAAUGCCAGGGCAAGGGGAGAGUAUACAAGAAUAUUAAAAGAGGAAAUAUAUAUAUAUAUAUAUAAAAGAAAUCUUUUACACUACGUAGUUUAAGUUUAGUAAUCUAUAUACACCGAUGUGCUUUUAACUCAGAAUGUCAAAAAUGCGAAGGAAAGGCACACACAUGGGGAGAAUUAGCUCUCAUUCUAAGGCGUCUGUUCCUUUGUAUAACCGCUCACUGUUAGAUUCUUCUAAUACAAAAACUUCAGUUAAUGCAAAUUUGGCCUUAUUAUUUAUUUGACAUAGGAGAAAUAUUCUUGACUAUCGUUGAGAAGGCAGACCAAAUUUGUAUAUUUUCUUCAGUUUACAAUUUGAUAGCAUCUGUAGCUAACUGUUAUGAAAAUUACUGAACUCGUGAGUUGCAAGUUGAAUAAUUCUUUGACUAUUUAUUAUUAUUACUAUUUUUACUGUGUCCAUUCUGGGAUUGGUUGUUCAGUCGUUUAUCUAGAAAAUAUUGUAUUCUAAGAGGGUCUAGGAGUCGCUUCAUCGCAAAUAUUGUAUACGAGAUCUGGCUGUUAAGCACCUCAUCCGUUCGUAAUUUCUAGAAACUUUUAUCAGUGAAUUUAUUUUCUGUGUAUUGUAUUUUUUUAUCCGAUUCUUUUUUUUAUUUUAAGAAAGUUGGUACUUUUUCUCCUGUAGGCGAUGAAGUACCAUUGUCUGCAUUAUCUAUGACCAAUGUAGGCGAGUGGGAUUGUUUCAGAAACAUUGACAUGGACAAAGAGGUUUGCUAUUCCCUUUUUCCAGUUAAUGAUUCUGACAUGCAUGCCUCUCAAAAAGGUUCAUGAUUUUCGUGUUCCUCAGAUUCUCUGUUUCACUAACUCAGUUCUAAAGUUGACCGCAAGAUCCUUCAUAAAAUCGAAUCCUUCUUGAAAAUUUUCUGACGAGAAUUAAUAAACAUGCCAAGUUCACUGAUUACUACCCCCAUCAGACAACUGUGGUCCAUUUUCUGUCAGAAUUUUUCUAUUUUGUAUGGCUGCCGACAAUGAUCCUCCCCCAGAGAAUGUUGCAGUAGAAAAAUGACAAAAUACGAAGAACUUAUGAGUAACCUAUCUUCCUGUUAAUCCCAUGACCCUCGGCGACAAUGAGGAUCCGUGCUAUCAUUGUCCAGGUCGACUGUCAUAUCUGGGGAGUAGAUAUGUUUCACUAAUUCAGUUCUAAGAUGUACUUUUGUUGCUUGCAAUGAGUCCCAGAUUAGUGCAACAGCUGAUGGGAUUUCUGAAUUUCUGUUGGCGCUUGAAUGUUUCAGACGAGGAUGAUUGAAGGCCUGGAGACCUUCAUGAGAAAGCGAGAGGACCCUGCGGCCGCCGAGAAGGCCAUUGCACUGCGCGCAUGGCACAGAAUAGACCGCCGGACACGAGAAGCCUUGAGGCGUAAUUUCCUUCCGGAUCUCGUUCAGAGUUACGAGGUAGUAGAUGACUGCUGUUUGAGAUUUUCCUUCUCUCAGAGAUGCAUCUGAAAAGCCUUGUUGGGGCUCUCCUCUCUUCAGAAAUGCCUCCAGGAGUUCAUCAGCGGCAGUGGGGACGGAGAGGCGAUGGUGCUCCAUGUCCAGGACCCCUUCCGUAGACUGGUGCUCCACGGCGUCUGCGAGGUGCGGCCUCCUCACCUUCCCAAAACUCUUCUUCUUCUUCUUUUUCUUCUUCUUCUUCUUCUUCUUCUCCUCAUCCUUGUGGUUCUUCUUCUGGGUUUCCUGCUCUCUUGUGCUGGCAGUUCUACGACCUGGUGUCGGUGACGCAGACAAGCACCGGGGAGGGGAAGGACUGGAAGAUGACGACGAUAAGGAGGAAGAAAUCGGGGUCCCAGAGGAUCCCUCCCAACGUCACCAUGGCAGGUUUCAUGAGGGCCGCCAAGCAGCACGGGGCAUCGUAG